GGGACCCCCGGCAGGGCUCGGCGGGCCGGGAGGGGAAGCGGAACCGUGGUGGUUGUUACGCCACUGGGAGCCCCCCACCCCCGCAGGACUGGCAUUUCGAGGGGGUUAUAAGGGCGGGGGUGCUGGGCCGGUGUUGGGGUGCCAGAGGGUGCCAGGGCGGCUCCGGAGCACCAUGGCCAGCGCCCUCACCCUCUCCCUCUUCCUCCUCCUCUGCGCAGAGGCUGAAGGCUUCUCCCCCUGCCAGGCACCCACCCUGCAGACCAAGGUGUUCCAGUACCGGCUCUGGGAUGUGAACCAGAAGUCGCUGUACCUGCGGGAUGACCAACUGCUGGCCGGGCACCUGCAAGGGGCCAACGCCGCCCUGGAAGAGAAGGUGUUCUGGGUGCCCAACCGCGCCUUCGAGCCCACCCGGCUCCCCGUCAUCCUGGGCAUCCGCAACGGCACCCGCUGCCUCGCCAGCCACCCCAAAACCAGCACCACCCCGGCACUGCAGCUGCAGGCCGUGGACAUCCGGGAGCUGCCCCACACCGGGGAGGCCUCGGCCGCCUUCACCUUCUUCCGCUCCUACAAGGACGGGCUGUGGCGCUUCGAGUCUGCUGCCAACCCCGGCUGGUUCCUCUGCACCUCUGCCCGGGGCCACCAGCCCCUGGCGCUGUCCCGCAGCCACGAUGCCACCCACCUGCUCGACUUCUACUUCCAGCUCUGCUGAGCCCCCCUGGCACAGCCAUGGGGACACUCCCAACUGGGAACAGGGACGUCCUCAGCCUGGGGACAGUGGCACCUCCCCCAGGAUAGU